UUUGCCAACACUAGUAGAUUAAUAACUUUGCCGUGCUUAGCUUGUGACAGACAUUUUUGAAUAUUAUUUUUAAACAAUUGUUUCUGCUUCAAUAUGAUCCCCAGAGGCAGUAUGACAAAGGAUGGCAAGCCGUUGCCUUACCGGCACGCGGCGCCACGAAACAACCGUCACAAUAAGCACAGGAAGCCGAAGAAGCAAGUUUCCGAAGACGAGGAGAGCGAAGACUCUCCAGUGGAGGAGCAGCCCCAGGAGGAACAGCAACGCAGCCCCUCACCCAUGCAGGAGGAACCCACUGUGCGGUUACCUGAAGAGGUACUGAAAGCUCUGUACAAGACACCAGGAGUGCUGAUGAUAGCUGGUCUGGUCUCGUGGGACCUGGUCGCGCGCCGCGACAACAACCCCACUAAGAGAACGCAUCCCAACCUUUACACCUUCCACAAAUUUACUGAUCGCAAGUACCGGUUCAUUGCCAGUAGCUGUUCCGCUGGCCACUCAGUGCUGGUGGAUGAACAUGGAGAGGUGUACACUUUUGGUCGUAACACUUGCGGUCAGCUUGGAUUUGGCGACACGGUGACCCGCAAUGUGCCGGAGCCGGUCCCCGCUCUGCGCGGCAAAAACAUCAUCCACGCCGCCGUCGGACGACACCACACGCUCUUUGUUACAGAUACGGGUACCGUGUACGCUUGCGGCGACAACAAGUGCGGUCAGUGCGGCAUCGGCAACACUACGCCUCAAGUGUUGAAACCGACUCGAGUGCGAUACAGUGGUGCUCCAGUUGUGAAGGUAGGCUGCGGUGCUGAGUUCUCCAUGAUCCUGGACUGUAAUGGAGCCUUGCACUCCUUCGGACUGCCCGAGUAUGGCCAACUUGGUCACAAUACCGACGGCAAAUACUUCGUGACCUCAACGAAGCUGUCUUUCCACUUCGAGACCGUACCGAAGCAUGUCGCCCACUUCUUUGAGAAGACCAAGGAGGGCCACAUCAACAUCGUCAAGGACGUAGAGAUCGUCGACUUUUCCUGCGGGAAUAAUCACACUGUGGCUAUAGACUCGAGGAAGCGUGCCUACAGCUGGGGUUUCGGUGGGUUUGGUCGACUGGGUCACGCCGAGCAAAAGGACGAGAGCGUGCCGCGCAUGAUCAAGUACUUCGAGUCGCAGUCACGCGGCGUACGCUCCGUGCAUUGCGGCGGCACCUACAGCCUCGCUGUCAACGAACUCGGCGGACUCUUCCUGUUUGGGCAGACUAAGCGCACUGGCGAGGCAAACAUGUACCCAAAACCAGUGCAGGACCUAAGUGGCUGGAAUAUUCGCAGCGUGGGCACCAGCAACACUUCGAUCGUGAUCGCAGCGGACGACUCGCUCGUUGCCUGGGGCGUGUCACCCACCUAUGGGGAACUGGGCACAGGCGACAUCAACAAGUCGUCGGCGCGCCCCAAGGAAGUGACUCGUAUGGAUGGGUUGAACAUUACUCAGGUUACAAUGGGGUACUCCCACACUCUGCUCCUCUGUGACGACGCUGGCGAGGAGGUCAAGGCCAAGCUCGCUUCGAUGCCUACCUUCAACCCAUAACUGCCUCAACUACAACAACACUAAACGAACCACACUAAGGGACGACAUUCAAUGUAACUAAUUGUCCACAAGCUAAGAACAAUUUUCUAUACUGAUUAUCAUAGAUAAGCAUUUAAAUUUCAAGUUUAGCAUUUAAAUUGUCACGUUAAGUAUGCCUUUACUGUAUUAAAGAAGUAGUAAUGUCGCCUCUUAGUCCUUACUGAUUGUUUUUGUUGAGAUUGGGACACGAUCGGCGACUUUCAAAUCCGGCAAUAGUAUUAUUAUUUAUUGUCAUAAUACUAUAUGAAACGUUUUUCUCCCGCUCUCAACAAACACUCGCUGCCACACAACAAUAGCCGGCCUAUUGAAGUUUCAUCGUAAUUUAUAAUUUUGAAGUCGAUUAUGAUUGUUGUCCAGUAGGUAUCAUAAUUUCUAACUAGUAAGAUUGUAUUGUUUUAUAAUUUUGUAAUGGUGUUAGUUGCAAUUUACCUUGAACUUUGAAUCUAUCGAUAAUGAAUGAUUUCCCGAUAUGUUACUUUGUAAUUCGAUUUAACUGUUGUCUCAACUUCCGUCUGCUAGAUAAUUGACUGCAUAUAGAUUUUUUAUAGUUGAAAUGUUUAUAUUAUACGCUAUUUAAAGUUUGCUUUCCGAUGGUCGAACGACCUGUCUUGAUACAAAUUUUACCUAAAAUCGAUUUUAUAGGGAAACUACAAUAGUUUUUGUGACAUGCAGAUACUGCAUUGAGUGCAGUGAUUCCUAAAACUGGAAUCAAGAGGAGCUCUUGUAUCCAAGUCUAGCGAUCUCGGUAUAAGUUAGCUUAGAGUUUCCAGCCUUGGCACGGUUACCACCAAAGGCAGAUCAUUCGCCACAGGAAAACACAUUAAUAUGUAAGCGCAUAUAACUUGUUUUCUAUAAGUACUGUUGCUUUUAAUAUAUGAUUAUUUAUAUUCCUGUUUCCGAUUCUAUAUCUAUGUAUAAUAUUGUUGUAGUAGAAAAUUGCAGUUUUGUUAUUAUACAACUGAUAUCAUACCUCAAAAGCGAACUACUGGCAAGGAUAAAAUUUCGUGUUCGAAGCGAGACUAUGGUCUCGGGUUGAAAUCGUUCUUGCUCUUCCCCAUGUAGGAAGUUUGACUGCUUACCAAUCAUGAAUAUUCCCUGUCGAGCUGUAAAUAAGUCGGCAGCGGUAAUUAUUUUAUUGUUAUUUGCCUGUCUAAGCAAUUUUGUAACCUUAAAAUCAUUCGUCGAUCAUUUGAUUAUCAAAGUCCAAGUGCUGAUUAUCCAUCGAAUUGUUUGAUUGUAAAGUAAGGUCUUUUUACUUUUUAAUUACCUUAUAAUAAUAAUUAGUAAAUAUGGUUUUAGUAUAAGUUUUGAGUUGCGUUGCUCAGUAAUUACUGUUGCAAGAAAUUAAAGUAGGUUUUAAAGUGUGUGUUACCCCAGUAUAAAAGUACUCCUAGAUAUAUAAUAACUAUGGUAAUUACUUUUGUUCAGUGCAAUUACGAACUAGUCUAUAUGCGGUGAGUCAUUAUGCGGAUAUUACGUAUUGUCACUCAAUAAAUAUUGUUAAAACUUACUCUUGCGGUAAUACUCUUCUAGCAAAAACGCUAAAAACAAAAAAAAAUAUAUUUGGCUGAUAUACAUCACCUCUCUAGGAACUGCUUUCUUACUAGAGUGACGCACACAGUUUAGAAGAAGUAAUUUUAAUAAAUAAAUUAUUGUGUAUAGAUGUCGAACUUAAACGAAUUUCGUGAGACAUUCACACUUAUGAUUGUUCUUCGGUUGGAAUAAAUAGCCAGAUAAACAGUUUUUGCGAGUGUAAGUCGUAAACUGAAUUCAUUGACACAUUUAUGCCAUCAAAAUUAUAUUUUACAUAAUUAUCUCGCCACCUCUUGAAAGUAUUAAAUAAUGAAAAUGUUCCAACUGUCAUUUUAUACAUGUUGUUCUCUGACAACAAAAUAUUCUCGAAGUGUAUUUGUAUAAGCACUCACUUUAUGUUGUCAGAGAACAAAUUAUUAACACUUGUGCACACGUUGGUGUCGCCGACAGAAUUCCAACCACAAAAGAAGGACAACUUUUUAUCAAAGAUUAUAUAUUGUGAUUGACAAUAGAUACAUUACCAGGAUUCUGUUAAACCAGUCUCGCGAAAUUUGUGCCAGGGUCUAAGAAAGUGGAUUAGUACCGAACACAACUAAAAUUUAUGGUAGGUACAGGUACAUAAGUACAAUAAAGGACAGAUCCGCCCGACUACCGCUAAGUUAAUGUUUGCUUGCAUUUGACGAGAUUUCUCUAGCCUCGACCCGUUUUAUUCUUCUUUAUUAAUAUCUUCUGAUUUAUUUCGUGUCGGGACCCAAGACAGUUAUUUAUACAUGUCCCUGGGACGCGCGGGACUUCAGUGUUUUCAUGGUUGGUUAGUCUACUCUAGAUCCUGGCUUAAAGGAGUUGCAGCGGUUUUGGGAGGUUGUGGCGGACUUGUCCCAUUAAAAGCCCCACAGUUGACCGUGACGAAUAGUGGCGCUGGCGGCCGAAUUACAUUAAACGCACCAUCGGCUAUAGGAUUGAAUGGCUUGCGUCACUAACCUAAGACGUUAUUGCUUCUCUAUUAAAUAAGAAGUUUAUACGGCUUGCGUGGCUUGACGGUUUUACCAGAUUCUAACAAUGACUUUUAAAAUGAUCAAGCGGAUGUAUCCCUCAUUAUAUUGAAUGAAACUUACAUAUUAAUUUCAAACACCUAGUAGCAUCACUUCUCUGUAUUACAUGCCCAUGGAAAUGAUGAGGUAACUCACUUCUGUCCAAAUAUCAAACGCUACUCGAUUUUAAGAUGCGGUUGGCUAGUUCUGCCACUACAUAUUCUUUAUAUAAUGACAGUGAUGGCACGACAUUUAACCUUUCAUGUGUCUAAACGUGGAUCCACGCGAGACUCAAUAUCGGUGUAUUUUCUAUUGUGUCUUAUAUCGGUGCAUUCAAGUUGUUAGUCGACUUAAUGCGAUUUGAUAAAUAAUCUUUCGUUAUCCCUAUUUAAAUAAAUAAUGUAAUGUUGGGUAAACUGUCCACUUCCUUAGGCCCGCCGCGGCCAACGCCCACCUCACUUCGAUCAUUCUAGUAUACGAUUAAGUAUAAUAACAAUUUUUAUGGAAACACAAUUAUAGAACAACUCGUUCGCGAGAUUUUCUACUUUAUGAUUCUUUAGGAUAAGCAUAGCUGUAACUGAUCGUACUUAUUUAAUGUUUAUAAAUGUAGGUGUAUGUUCACAUUCCCUCUGCCGGGCCCCAUCUCGUUGGACUUUUAUUUUCCACGUUACUGUUUCGGGCCAUUGGUGACUAUAGACUGAAUUUUACUCGAAAUCUAGAAUAACGAACAAUAUUAUCAUAUGAUGAUGAACCUCGGAAGCAACCACUACAUAAAAAUGUCAUUUUUUACUGAAGUAAUUUAAUCAUUGGCUGAGAGGAUACUUACUCAUCGCCUGCUCUUAUCUGAUAACUUAAGGUUGUUAUAAAAUAUUUUGUUCAGAGGAAUAACAAUCUCAUUUCCGGUCAGGACUAACGGGUACAAAGUAUUUGUCAUAAUGUAACCUUGCCAACUGUAACAUUUGAUAAAUAAACUUUUUUUUUCAAUGUA